UCGAGUCGGCUGAUGUUUAAGCGUAAGUGGCGUGCACGCCGCCAUUGAGUCACGGUUGGCGUGAGCCGGUGUAGUUAUUCUCGCGUUCUCCCUCCCUUCGAGCACCCCUUCUCAACCACCGUGGACACGUUUUUAUCCCGCGUUCCUGCCGGGCUAAUCCGCGAAGGGAGAAAUUUUCCAGCUUUGCCGAACGGUGCUUGGACAAGUGUUCGCUGGCAUCCGAUGGGAAGCGUUUACGCGACUUGAAAGGCGGGCGUGGGUGAUCUGUAGACCAGAAUGAGAGAAAUCAGCCAGGUCUGGUCGAGCAGGGACCCGUCGGCCCUUGGCACGAGAAAUGAUUUUUAGAAGGAAGAGGGCAUGACGCACCGAACUCAUGCAGUGGCGAAAACACGUGCGCAUCAAGUACGGUGGUCGAGUCGGUGUCGGUCAAGGGCAGCGGGAGCGGGAGCAGGUGCAGCUGCAGGCGCGCGUGGUGCAGCUGCAGGUGCGCGGGGUGCAGCUGCAGCGGGAAGGGGGCGCACGACUCAGCUACGUCUGUCAUCAGCCUCAACUCUCGUCGACGGCUCGCCGCAGCUGCAGCGCAGCAGCCAUGCUCUGCUGCGGCCGCAGAAAAGAGGGCCGGGGAGAAGUGACAGACAUAAGCGCAAGUCCUGGGAGGCAAGCACCUGCCAACCAGUUGCGCCCCAAGGAACCACCCCCUAUGGUCAUUCAAGGAGACUUCAGAAAGGUGAGCGGGAUCAGUACAGAGAUCUUCAAGCAAAUCGAAACGGUCGAGAACGAUCAUGACGCCUCGACAGCAGCGGCCCUCGAAGCUGUCGAACGGAGGGGUGAGAUGGUCGUCCGGGUCAUCGAGCCGCGACAAAUGGGCAGGCAGGCGUCUGAUGCGGCGAAAAAGUUCAUUGCCAUGCAGGACCCGAAGCACCCUAUCCACUUCGUCGAGAUAAUCAAAAGGCCGGGGCAGACGCUCGGGCUCUAUAUACGGGAAGGGAACGGCGUCGACAGGAACGACGGUGUCUUUAUCUCGAGGAUAGCCCUGGAGACCGCCGUCUAUAACAGCGGCUGCUUGAAGGUAGGGGACGAGAUCCUCGCGGUGAACCUGGUCGAUGUGACGCACAUGAGUCUGGAUGACGUGGUGAUCAUCAUGUCGAUACCUAGGAGGCUAGUACUCGCAACAAGACAUGGCCAGCAUCAGCCAGUCUCUCAUAGUCGUCAGGCCGAGCACAAGGCGCCGCCGGUCGUCGUGAUCAAGAGGGAACUGAACGAGGACGAGAGCGAUCAUGCAACGAGUAAUCACAUCAGAGACAGUAAUCGUAAACGUGGGGAUGGUCGUGAGAUGCUGCCAUCUAGGUCGAGGCUGGGUUUGACUGGUCUGGGAUCCAGUCAGGACCUCGGGUCCAGCAACGGGGACUUGUACUACAACUCCAGACCAGAGGGACACUGGUCUUACCAACCACCACCGCCACCUGUCAUCACACACCAGCCAAAACCAUCAGCAACGCAACACUUCCAGCCCUAUGAGCGUGGAUACCCGAAAACGUUGGAGAGCCUGGCCGAGAAAGAUUUCACUAAGGUACACUCAUUUUACGCGGGGCCGGUAAUGCACUCGAAUGGCGGUCGCCGGAUGUCUACUGGCGCUGGGAUGCAGUCGGUUGGCAGCAGAUUGUCCGGCCAGACACAAUCAUCGCACUACGGAUACGGCCAGCACUCGGGCACCGGAAGGAUCAUGCCCAGGAGUGGUUCUGACCAGCAUCUGCCACGUGUUGAUUACACGAGCAUAACCACUCCGGCUCGGCACACUCUGCUCAGAUCCAGCUUGAAGUCAGGAACUGACCAACUUCUAGGAACAUCGGGGUUGAGAUAUAACACGAGGUAUGGUACCCAAGCAGACACAUCGGCCAGUCAAAGGCAAGGCCAGUUCGGCACCCUGACAAGGAGGCAUCGGCCGUCACUGGACUACGCGUCAGACACAGAGGCGACAUGCUCCAGCUCGCCAAAGUCAGCGUACUAUUACUACAGGCACAACAUGAGCAAUCCAUCGCAAAGCAGCGCUGUGUCUCAUUUAGCGACCCUCUCCAGGUCGCAAAUUGGUCAGAGUUCCUCCGGUUUGAGAUCCAACUCCUUGCCUCGCAGUGGCAGAACGUUGCCCCAGCAGCCUGGCCUCAGAUCCGGGCUCAGCACGGUAGCAUCAGGGCUGAUAGAUCAAGAGGACAGCGACGGGGCACUGUCGGCGCCUGAAUUGCCUUCCAUUCGACGUGACAGAGGGAGAAUACCGUCAUCGCCUAGUGUGUUCACAUCCGACGAGUACAGGGCAUGGUUGAGCCGAACACCGAGCACGAGCGCGCUGUACGAGCAGAUCAGGGCAACUACGACCAGGCCACCACGUUACACCUAUAGCGCGGAGAACAUUCAUGCAGCUGCGAAUCAGGGCGAGUACGGCAGCUACGGUGCCUACAGACCACUAUCAAGCACAUUGGAUCGACUGUCGACGAGGUCUGCCUCAGCGCAGCAGGUGAACCUGGCCAACCUGAGGGCGUCGACGGCGAUCAGCUCCACCUGCCAUCGCGGAGCGACGAAUCCUAGACCUGCCUCGGUAGCAUCCAGUGCUCGGGCAUCACUGACCAACCAGAAACCAUCAUUGACCAGCUCGACCGCUCAGAGAGCAACGUCGGUCAGGAGGAUUAGAAAUCUGCUGGACCUGGAGUCGACGAGAAGCAUACCCACCCCUACGCCUACUAGAACUCAGGAUCAAAGACUGCUAGAUAUUAACCCUGCAGAGUUCCUCAAGUAUAAGAUAGAAAAGCCACCCACUGUAGGGACUCCCAGCUCGACCAGUUCCCUCUUGAGCUCACUGGGGGAAGCCAGCAGCGGUGACUUGGCAGGCGGUGUCAGUGGAUUGCUUGGGGUCCACUUACUGGCUGGGCGCGGGCUCCGGUCGACAACCUCUUCGUCAGCGGCGACCACACCCUCUACGCCAUCAGGUCAGCCUAAUUUAGCUAGCUGCGGGUUGAGAGACCUGUACUGCGUGUUGGAGUGCGACAGGGUGCACAAAGCGAGGACAGUGGUGCGGACUGGUGACCUGAUGUUCGACUGGGAUGAAACCUUCGAGCUGGAUCUCGUUGGUAACCGACAGCUGGACCUACUAGUGUAUUCCUGGGACCCGCAGUACAGGCACAAGCUCUGUUACAAGGGGUCUGUGCACCUGGCUAGCCUGCUCAAGGAGUCGCCAGUACACCAGCUGGCUGUUAAAGUCGAGCCACGUGGCACGAUCUACUUAAGACUGCGGUACACUGAUGCUCAGCAAACCUUCAGGAGAAGAGGACUUCCGGUUAUAUCCUUGGCGACCAGAGUCGCACCUCUAUUUGGCGUUGACCUAGACACUGUGGUGAGUCGAGAAAGCAAAACUGGCGGCGUUCCUGGGGGAGUUUCCACUGCUCUAGCGAUGGGUGUGCCAAACGUUCCCAUAAUCGUCUGGCGUUGCGUAGAGGAGGUAGAGAGAAGAGGCCUCGACAUAAUUGGAUUGUACAGACUUUGUGGGUCAGCGACGAAGAAGAGGAUACUGAGGGAAGCCUUCGAAAGAAAUGCUCGUUCAGUGAACCUGUCACCUGACAAUGUACCCGACAUCAACGUUAUAACAGGUGUGCUGAAGGAUUAUCUGCGGGAACUUCCGGAACCACUGUUUACGAAGUGCCUCUAUCAAAUGAUGGUUGACGCACUGGCUGUCUGCCUGCCAGAUGACCCACAGGGCAACGCGAAACUCAUGUUCAGUAUAUUAGACUGUUUACCAAAAGUGAACAGGUGUACACUAAUUUACUUGCUGGACCACUUAGCAAUGGUAGUGUCGCAAUGCAACAAAAUGUCACCGGCCAGUCUAGCAGUCUGUUUCGGUCCAGUCCUGAUGCUGCAUUCAGAGGAAACAGGGCCGCAAUUGGAUUUCCAACAGCCAAUCGCAGUGCUGAAGUAUCUUCUAGAGAUCUGGCCGGUUAAGUCAGUUCGGAAGAUUUCUUCAGUCGCUUCAGCGCUUCCUCGAGUUACGCCAGCAAUCGAGCACAGCAGCAGUCAGCAUCAACUACAGCAGCAACAGCAGCCGCAGCCGUCGCAGCAGCAGCUGCAGCAACAGGUGCAACAACAGGUGCACCACCAACUGCAGGGAACAUUGGGACGAACAGGGCUGCCUUGGCAGCAGCAACACUCACUUCAUCAACAGCCCCCAACUACAAUACCCGCAGCCCUCGUCCCCUCCACUCGACCGCCUCCACCGGUCAAACCUCGACAGGUGAUAGUCUCGUCACCCGGUUCACCUAGCAGUGAGGAAUCAGAGGCCUCGCCGGAGCCAAUUAACAAGAGCCUCCUGGGCGGCCUGGGACUCGAGAAGAGCAACGACGGGGUCACGGCUGACGGGACUGGUCCUGGAACAGAGCAGAUCACGCCGACGAGCAGCGUCGACACUGAAGAAGGAAACACACCGCAUCCGGAAGAAGGCGAGAGAGGCGUCGAGGGCGACGCCGAGGCGAGCGACGACGAUCGACACCAGCACGUACCCAAGACGCAUUGAAGUUUUGUUAAUCAAGGAAAUAGGUUCGAAGCGGCGCGCUCUAAAUAGCUUGAACAACUUAAUCUGACUAACGAUUCAAAGGAUCUCUUGCUUUUUCCUGGAAAACGAUUAUCCGAGUAAAAGAUUCUUUGAUGGGAAUCCUGACGAGUAUGAGAUGCGGCGUUGGGCAUCGAACGGUGAAUAUCUAGCCUGAGACAUGGUUCGUUGAUAGAUUAAAUCUUUGCGACUAAUUCGAUUGAUUGGUAAUGAUGAUUAUUGGUCAGAGACUAAAACUGUUGGUUGCUAGUCAUUGGUUGUUGAUUGUUGAAUUGAUCUUUCUGACUUCUAGUCCGUUUUGUAUCUAUUUUGUGCGUAUUAGGUUCAGUGUUACUCUUCUCCCAGAUGCAAGGGUAAUCCAUGACUGCUGAACCAUGACCAAUCUUAUUGUUAGUUCUCCAUGAUCAAGGAACAAUUUGAAAAUGUUCAUUAAUCCAUGCCCAACCCUAGUAAUGAGUACAGUUUACCUAAGAGGUGUUACUCAUGAAUAUUCUAAACAAGGAACCAGCCUGUUGGAACAGGCAGUUUAUUGAUGCGUUGAAAAGGUUUCGUUACUAGUAGGCAUACUUACUUUAAACUACUCAUUGAUUGCUGAAUGGAAGUAACCUCUUAAGACCUUGCUGGCAGAUCAGAAUUUUGUUGGGUAUCUUCGUUUGAACAAAUUCAAUUUUUCAUUCUCGAGAUCAUUAGGUUGAUCCGCUGACCUGUUACAUACCCAACAUUCGUUUCUGGGAUAACGUGUCUUUGAAGAGUUUAGAAUAAUCUGGGAAACUAGAAUCCUUCGUCGAGCAAUUGCCUUAAGAGUUAUCUUCUAUGUCUACAAUUCUUAUGGUUUCCCAACGAGGGCUAAAAGAAAAUGAGUUUCUAGCAUGGAGAUCUGAUGCAACAAGAGUUCGUACACCUAAUUUUAUUGUAUACGUUCGAAACUUGAAUUCUUGAUGGAAGCUGUUCCCAGAACAGCUCGAAAGACUCGAGCAACUAGUCGCUAAAUGUGUUUACCGUUUUCUAGUCAAUGGUUUCUUUAAAAAAAAAGAAGAAAAAAAUAUUAUUGCUGUUAGUACGUUUAGAAAAAAGAAAAGAUACGUUUCUCCGUUGUAACGUUGUGUUUUCAAAUAUUUAUGCGCGCUUCUACGGUAGUCGGCGCGUAAAGUUCCAUCGCGUACUCAUGAAAUCCAAGGCUGAAAAAUCCUGUCGCGAGACGCACAACAAGAGCGAUCACAAACCUCCUUAGAACGGAACGACGCGUAUAAUGGGACCACCGCGACUGUUCUUCAAACGAAUCUUCACGAAGAAACGCGACAUCCAACGCUGAGAUUCACGAUCAAACCCGACUGCUUCAUACCGCGAGUGUUCGUCACUCAUUCUCGCGAGCACGAUGAACGAAGCUGGUCCAUCGACGAAGAGAACUCCGCGCGCCGGUGAGGUUACCAAGGAUCUCCGACCAACGCGCGUCGACGACUUCGCAACCGCCAAAAAAAGACUGUACAAGAUGCAAGAAACUGGUUCCUAGUUCGCGAUCCCUUGCACAAAAUUCGACUGACUGCGAGCCUUUUUAUUUCUUCGCGCACAAAACGAGAUUCCGAGGAUGAACGUCUUUGCUACCCUGCCGUGGUGCCCAAGCGGUCGAUCGGAGGCGAAGUAGAGGGAGCCACCUGACUUCGGAGCAGCGGGGGAACCGGAAAAUCUUGGAGGAACAUCUCGAAUCAUCCCCCGUGCCUCAGUACCACACGGACAACUGAAAAAGAGGAGCCUGGACUGCGUUUAGAUCCGUUGCCCCAAGGGGAAAGAUGAUCCAUCAUGGAUCUAAAUCAGCUGCAACCAAACGGAGGCUCUGACGCUUCUUCGGUCGAUCCAGCGCCAGAGUUCAAGCUAUUUCCGGCCUGUCAUGGCUUCUGAAUCUCCGAGCACUACUUCCAGACGCAGCAUCUAGCUGCGGACCAGGCGGCCAAGGACUCGGAGUCCUAGCUUGACCGACGAAACCAAAAUGGCCGCCGCUGGACACG